UACUAAAAAUAUAUAUAUACAGAAACAUUCAUCUAAACAAAAUAACAAAAAUAAUGAUAAAGAUAAAAAUAAAAUUCCCGCUGAUAUGAGCCUAUAAAACAGCAAGUUGGGUGCAGCCUUUCCGUCUUCACUCCUCACGCCACUAAACCUCACUUUCUCUCUCCUCCGUCGCCGGAAACUUUUCAAACCGGACCUCCUCCUUUUUCUCACCGGAAUAUCACACCCCCACCACUUCCGUACAACCUGUCAACCACCAUAUCAAUUUAUUCCUUUUAUUAUUCAUUCCACCAUUUAAAAACAUAUUAUUCUUCAUUUUCCACCUCACCUUCUCCCAUGCGAAUUUCUUCAAUCUACUAAAACAGAGAAUUCAAUGAGUAAACCAGAAAUGCCCGAUUCCGUCAAGUUCACCGAGCACAAAACCCUAACCACACUCAUAACCAAAUCGUUAACUACAACUGACGCCGUCAACAUCUCCGGCGGUCCCAGAGUCGUAAGAAUAUCAGUAACAGACUCUUACGCCACCGACUCCUCCGGCGACGAGUGCACCGGACGUACAAGAGUCAGAAAGUUUGUUAACGAGGUCACAAUCCAGAACCGUUCGAAUAACCAAACUAUAAACAUAACCAAAACGACGUCGUUGAGAAAUAAAGGGGCCAGAAAAACAACAAAGGUAACAAAACCGAAGAACAGUAACACAGGUAAAAAGUUUCGAGGCGUAAGGCAACGACCGUGGGGUAAAUGGGCGGCUGAGAUUAGAGAUCCGUUACGACGUGUACGGUUAUGGCUUGGUACAUACAAUACAGCAGAAGAAGCUGCUAUGGUAUACGACCACGCGGCUAUUCAGCUACGUGGACCACACGCGCUAACAAACUUCACUGUUCCGUUACCGGCACCGGAAAACAAACCAUCGCCGGCGUCUUCUUGUUACAACUCCGGCGAAGACUGGAACAGUGACAAAAAAGUGACGUCACCGAAAUCGGUUCUUAGGUGCUCGUCCGCUUCCACGGACGAGUCAACCGCUGAGUCGACUCAAAACGACGUCGUAAACGAAGGUUUUGAAGCUGAGAAAUUUAAUGGAUUUCAGUGUUUUGACAAUCCUUUAUCUUCUUCUGAGUUGUUUGAUUUUUCGGACUCCAUACCCGACAUUUUCGAACCGAUAGCCUUGUCGGGUAGCCCGUUUCAAGAAUCCGACCCGGUGAACAUGUUCAUCGAUUCCGGUGCUGAUGUCGGGUUUGGUUCCUGGCCUUCUGGAGAUGAUUAUUUCAAUGACUUUGGUGAUGUAUUCGGGUCAGAUCCUCUCGUUUCGCUUUAAAACCAAGUCUGGAAAAUAUCAGGAAUUUUUGUAUGAAUUUAGGAGUUGUUGAAUUAUUUGUUUAUUAAAUAUAUAUAGUAGAUAGUUAAAUAUUUAGGUAACUCCGUUACUGUUAACGGUAUCGGACGAGUUGUUAAAGUUGUGUUGAUGUUAGUGUUGCCGUUUGUGAGGCACGUGACGUGAGUGGAAAAAUGUUGUUGGUGUUUUUAAUUAGGUGAAGAAAUGAAAUGGAAUGAAUGUGGCGUGCUUUGAUCAUGCAUUAUCUGAUUUCUACCCAA